AUGGUUGUGGAGACGAAGACUCGAGAUUCAAAUGAAAUAUUUCGACAUAUAGUAAAGCCAGACGAUAUGAAAGCAGCGUUGUUAGUUCAUGGUGGCGACAAAAUCCUUUCGAUAGACGAGAACCGAGCUGAACCAGAGGGCGACUUGGACAAAUACAAGAAGCUUAUAGCGAAAAUUGAGCAUGUAUACGUGGCGAAAAACACGAGAUUGCACGCGAGGUUUAGAUUUAGCAAAGCCGUUCGACAAUAGAAUCAAUCUAUUGCUCAAUACGAACUCGAACUUCGACGACUCGCUAAAGAGUGUGACUUUCACGGACACGACGAAGAAAUGAUUUUAGACCGUUUGAAAUUAACGUGCAAAGACGAAAGCCUUCAAGCAAAAGCGUUAGAAAACAACUGGACACUCGAAGACUUCUUAAAGUAUGCGACUACAAAGCAAGACGUCGAAGCACAAAGAAACGAAAUGAAAAUGGAAAUUAAGAAAGAAUCACUCGAAGUACGAAGAUUAGCUGAUAAAAGAUUCUCGAGAGGAAAAUCGCAAAAGCAGUACUCGUUUAUAAAUCGCGAAAACACGAGAAAACCCAUGAAUGACGUGAAAGAGAACAGAACCUGCACGAAGUGCGGUCGUGACAAAUCACAUUCUACAUGCCCAGCUGCCGAAAAAGAAUGUUUCAAUUGUCGAAAGAUUGGUAAUUUCCGUGCACAGUGUUUCUCAAGAAAACCCGACAGCAGAUCGAAGCAAGUAAAAGCUGCUGGCUUGCAUGGUGGUUCUGUUAUGAAUGAUGUCCAACAAGAUUCGGUCGACUCGUCUGAUUCCGAUCACGAGUUUUACAAAUGUGUGAGCUAGAAAAUGGGCAUACGGGCAGUAAAAGGACAAAAUACUAGCAACAUUUUGUUACCUGUUUACAUCUGUGGAACCAAGAUUAUCGUUGAUCCAGAUACCGGCGCUGAUGUCGACCUAAUCUCAGUUAAAGAUUUCAAGAGAAUUCAUGACGCAAAUCCUGAGAUCAAGAAACAAAUAAAGAAACCAAAACAGAAGAUCUACGCCCUGAAUGGUGAAGAGCUGGAAGUCAUAGCUACAAUUAAAGAUGCAAAGUUGUCAAACAAGAACGCAGAAAUACUCACUGAUCUCUUCGUUAUUGAGGACGGUAUUCAUAAAUUCCCAUUAUUAUCAGAAAGAACAGUGAUGAAUUUUGGUAUGAUUAAAUACAGCGCUGAGGGAGAGUUUGUGAAGAAAGUUGACGCGAGACGGAGCGAUGACAAAGAAAAGAAAGUGUAA